AAGAUGCCCCUCCUAGCAAUGCAUAAGAUAAUAACCUGACUAGCAGUUGGCCCUAGGCAGCUCAGAGACACCACGGCAAAUAGUGCUCUCUCCUGAAGCACAGGGUCAGGCAAAGUCUCAGUCUGCAGGUAGAGUUUGCAGUGGGGGAGCCCAGGGCACGGGUAUCCCCAUGUCCCCUCCUCCCAGUUUAGUUCUUCAGCUCCUAAUGUGUGCCAGGUCCUUUUGCCAAUUGUGGGCUCUCACCCGCACUGGGUGUCGAUAUGCCAGAGAACCAACCGGUGCCUUCUGAGGGCACCAGUUACAAAGUCCAAGCUCACAGUGGACUCGCCCAGAUCUGAGAAGAGGGCCAUGGCGCCACUGCUACUGCUGCUGGUGGCUGCCCUGGCCCAGACCAAGGCCCUUGUUGGCUCGCACUUGCGGUAUUUCCGCACCAUUAUGUCCCGGCCCGGCCUCGGGGAGCCCCGGUUCAUUGCAGUGGGUUACGUAGACGACACGCAGUUCGUGCGCUUCGACAGCGACGCCGAGAAUCCAAGAUAUGAGCCGCUGGCACCUUGGGUGGAGCAGGAGGGGCCGGAGCAUUGGGAGAGGCAGACAAGGUUCGUCAAGAACAGCGAGCAGGUUUACCGACAGAACCUGAGGACCCUGCUGGGUUACUACAACCAGAGCGCCGGUGGCUCUCACACCAUUCAGGUGAUGCAUGGCUGUGACAUGGGGUCAGACAAGCGACUGCUCCGUGGUUACCAUCAGGACGCCUACGAUGGCUGAGAUUACAUUGCCCUGAACGAGGACCUGAGGACUUGGACCACUGCAGACACAGCGGCUCAGAUCACCCAGCGCAAGUGGGAACGGGCUGGUUUUGCAGAGCAUGAAAAGGCCUACAUAGAGGGCACCUGCUUGGAGUGGCUCAGCAGAUACCUGGAGAACGGGAAGGAGCAGCUGCUGCGCACAGAUCCCCCAAAGGCACAUGUGACCCAUCAUUCUGGACCUAAAGGUGAUGUCACCAUGAGAUGCUGGGCCCUGGGCUUCUACCCUGCGGACAUCACCCUGACCUGGCAGAGGGAGGAGGAGGAACAGACUCAGGACAUGGAGCUGGUGGAGACCAGACCAUCUGGGGAUGGAACUUUCCAGAAGUGGGCAUCUGUGGUGGUGCCUUCUGGGGAGGAGCAGAAAUACACAUGCCAUGUGCACCAUGAGGGGCUGUCUGAGCCCCUCACCCUGAGAUGGGAGCCUCUUCAGUCCACUGUCCCCAUCAUUGCAGUCAUUGCUGUUCUGGUUCUCCUUGGAGCUGUGAUCAUUGGAGCUGUGGUGGCUGUUGUGAGGAAGAGGAGGAGAAACACAGGUGGAAGAGGAGGGAACUAUGCUCCAGCUCCAGUUUCACUUCUCCAGCUCCUGAACUGUGUCAGCUCCUUCUGCCCGGACACUGAUAACGACUCGAUUCUCAUCUCCACUGGGUGUCAAGAUUCCUGGGAACCAACCAGCUUCGCCAAGGGGGCACCGGGUAUAAAGUCCAUGCAGGGAACCCUGACGCCCAGAUCUGAGAUGGGGGCUAUGACUCUGCUUGCACUGCUCCUGCUGCUGGCGGCCGCCCUGGCCCCGACCCAGAUCCGCGCGGGCUCGCAAUCCAUGCGGUAUUUCUACACCAUCAUGUCCCGGCCAGGCCUCGGGGAGACCCGUUUCGUCUCUGUUGGCUACGUGGACUACACGGAGUUCGUGCGCUUCGACAGCGACGCGGAGAAUCCGAGAGUGGAGCUGCGGACGCCGUGGAUAGAGAAGGAGGGGCCCGAGUAUUGGGAGAGGGAGACACAGAUCGCCAAGGGCACUGAGCAGACUUCCUUCCUAUUUGACCUGAGGAACAUGCUCAGUUGCUACAAUCAGAGUGAGGGUGGCUCUCACUACUUCCAGGGCAUGUACGGCUGUCACUUGGGGUCGGACGGGCGCCUCCUUCACGGGUACAGUCAGGAUGUGUACGAUGGCGAGGAUUACAUCUCUCUGAACGACGACCUGAGGACAUGGACUGCGGCAAACACAGCAGCAGCCCUUAUCACCCGGAGCAUGUGGGAGGAGGAUGGUAUAGCUGAGCAAUGGAGGGCAGAUACCUGGAGGGCGCAUGCAUGCCUUGGCAGAUACCUGGAGCAUGGGAAGGAGCAGCUGCUGUGCACAGAUCCCCCUAAGGCACAUGUGACCCAUCAUCCUGGACAUAAAGGUGAUGUCACCCUGAGGUGCUGGGCCCUGGGUUUCUACCCUGCUGACAUCACCCUGACCUGGCAGAGGGAGGAGGAGGAACAGACUCAGGACAUGGAGCUGGUGGAGACCAGACCUUCCCGGGAUGGAACCUUCCAGAAGUGGGCAUCUGUGGUGGUGCCUUCUGGGGAGGAGCAGAAAUACACAUGCCAUGUACACCAUGAGGGGCUGCCUGAGCCCCUCACCCUGAGAUGGGAGCCUCCUCAGUCCACUGUCCCCAUCAAGGCUGUCAUUGCUGUUCUGGUUCUCCUUGGAGCUGUGACCGUCAUAGGAGCUGUGGUGGCUGUUGUGAGGAAGAGGAGGAGAAAACAGGUGGACAAGGAGGGAACUAUGCUCCAGCUCCAGCAUGAAGACAGCUGUGUGGACUGAGUGACAGACAGUGUGUUCAGGACUCUCCUGUGACAUCCAGGACCCCUUAGUUCACUCUCAGCAGCAGUGUCUGAUGUUCCCUGUGAUCCUAUGGGCUCAAUGUGAAGCUCAGCCCAGCCCAGCCCUGCACCCCAGGACCCUGCCCCUGUACUGCCUGUGUUCCCUUCCACAGCCAACCCUCAUGUUCCAGCAGACAGGAGGGGACAUGUCCAUCCUGUCACCUCCAUGCUACCCUGAGCUGAAGCUCUGACUUCCCCACUGAAAACAGAGAUCUCAAUUUGAACUUGAUUGUUCAUGUCAUUGAUCUGACAGGUUCAUUAGCUGUUAAAUAAAUUAUUGAGAUACUGAGAGGUUGAGGAGGAAAUAAAUGGAAGUGUGGAGAAA